AUGAUUUGUUUUGCGUUUCAGGACAACUAUGAUAAACUAAACACUGCGUUUGCUGGUUCUGACCACUCAUGGACAUCUCUCACAGUGGAGCUUUGCACUUCCCUAGAAACUGCAAACAGGUUGGUCCAUGCUACCACCAGAAAUGCUAGAUUGUUGUCAGAGAAGGUGGAAGAACUGGAGAAAAUAGUGAAAAGAGGAGACUCUGCAGUAGCAGCUGCAAGAACAGUUCAUUCUACGGUUAACAAGAAAGGAUAG